AACGCUGAAACCCUAAUUCCUGUUGCCUUCAGCAGUAAGAGAUCGCCGGAUUGAAGAUAGAAUCAGUGGCGGUCAAGAAAAAUGGUGCACGUCUCUUUUUACCGCAACUAUGGGAAGACUUUCAAGAAGCCCCGUCGUCCAUAUGAGAAGGAGCGACUAGAUGCUGAGCUGAAGCUUGUUGGAGAAUAUGGACUUAGGUGCAAGAGGGAACUCUGGAGGGUUCAGUAUGCACUGAGCCGCAUCAGAAAUGCUGCUAGAAAUCUUCUGACUCUUGAUGAGAAGGAUCCUCGUCGUAUUUUUGAGGGUGAAGCUCUUCUGAGGAGGAUGAACAGGUAUGGGCUGCUGGAUGAGAGCCAGAACAAGCUCGAUUACGUCUUGGCACUCACGGUAGAGAAUUUCCUUGAGCGGCGCCUGCAAACCCUUGUGUUUAAGGCUGGUAUGGCCAAGACAAUCCACCAUGCCAGAGUGCUCAUAAGGCAAAGGCAUAUCAGGGUUGGUCGACAAGUUGUCAACGUGCCCUCUUUUAUGGUGAGAGUGGAUUCUCAGAAGCACAUUGAUUUCUCUCUUACAAGUCCAUUUGGUGGUGGCCGCCCUGGUAGAGUGAAGAGAAAGAACCAGAAAGCAGCUGCAAAGAAGGCUUCCGGUGGUGAUGGUGAUGAAGAUGAUGAAGAGUGAAGGCUCAAUAGUUUAUGUGGUUAAUGUUAAUGCCAGGAAGCUGCAUCUUAGUUUGUCUUUGCUCUUAGUGUCUUAAAUAAACUAAACUGUUAGUGAUUUCUCUCCUAAGAUAUUAAAGAUUAACUUUCUUUGAAAUGGUCUUCAAAUCAGUAAGGUGAUUUUUCUUACGAUACCAUAAAACUAUAUUUUUGUUGGUUUUGUAUUCAAUUCACUAUAUGAAUAUUAUCAUUUCAUUUUGGGAAUUUGCAUUAUUAUUUUGAGGCCACA